GCAACGUCUUGCCGACUCUUGGAAAUGCGUGCGCUGUGUGUGCUAAGCUGCUCCAAACCAGGCGUUUUCUUUCUCAGUCCUGCCAAGUAACAGAAAGCUGAUUCUGGGGUGAUCAUGCCGUUAGCUGUCAUGAAGAUUGAAGUGUGAUACCUGCUCAGUUCCUGUUUCUGAGAUUAUCACUGUAGAAGAAACAGAAAUUGAUGAGAAGCACUAUCAUAGUGGGAAAUGGCAAAAGAUGGGAAAGCCUUACGCUUUUACAGUGUACUAUGUAAAGAGAGCGCGGCGUCACCGCUGGCGGUGCAGUCACGUGACCUUCUGGUGCACGGAGGAGAUGCUCUGUAACCAGUGGAUACAGACGCUCAGAGAGUUGCUUGAGAAGCUGACAUGUAGACCAAAGCACUUACUUGUGUAUAUUAAUCCCUUUGGAGGAAAAAGACAAGGCAAGCGAAUAUACGAACAGAAAGUCGCACCGCUGUUUAAGCUAGCUUCUAUCACUGCUGAUGUCAUCGUUACUGAACAUGCUAACCAUGCCAAGGACAGUUUAUUUGAAAUUAAUAUUGAGAAAUAUGAUGGAAUCGUCUGUGUCGGUGGAGAUGGCAUGUUCAGUGAGGUGUUGCAUGGCCUCAUUGGAAGGACACAGAAGGAUUGUGGUAUAGACCAGAAUGAUCCCAAAGCAUCGUUAGUCCAGUGCAAUCUAAGAAUUGGGAUAAUCCCUGCAGGUUCAACAGAUUGUGUGUGCUAUGCCACGGUUGGUGUUAAUGACCCGGUAACGUCCGCGUUACACAUUAUUAUUGGGGACUCUCUGUCCAUGGACGUGUCUUCUGUGCACCACAACAAUGCAUUUCUGAAGUACUCUGUGUCCUUGCUGGGUUACGGUUUCUAUGGAGACAUAUUGAGGGACAGCGAGAAAAAGCGGUGGAUGGGCCUCAUCCGAUAUGACCUUUCAGGUUUUAAGACCUUUCUUUCUCAUCAUUGCUAUGAAGGAACGGUGGCCUUCCUGCCGGCGCAGCACACCGUGGGUUCUCCACGAGAUAAGAAGCCCUGCCGAAUGGGGUGUUUCAUUUGCAGGCAGAGUAAGCAGCAGCUGGAAGAUGAGCAGAAAAAAUCUCUGUACGGCCUGGAAAAUGCAGAGGACGUAGAAGAGUGGAAGGUCAUCCAGGGGAAGUUCCUGGCAAUCAACGCAGCCAACAUGAGCUGCGCCUGCCCUCGGAGCCCCAAGGGCCUGUCCCCGGUGGCCCACUUGGCCGACGGCUCCUCGGACCUCAUCCUGGUCCGCAAAUGUUCCCGGUUGAAUUUUCUGAGGUAUCUCAUCAGGCAUACCAAUCAAGAUGACCAGUUUGACUUUGCAUUUGUUGAGGUUUACCGGGUGAGGAAAUUUCAGUUUACGUCAAAGCACUUGGAAGAUGAGGAUGGUGAUCUCAAAGAUCUAGGGAAAAAACGAUUUGGGCAGAUCUGCAGUGAUCAUCCGGCCUGUUGCUGCACUCUUCCUAACAGUACCUGGAACUGUGACGGAGAAAUUCUGAACAGUUCUGCUAUUGAAGUCAGGGUUCACUGCCAGCUGUUGCAGCUCUUUGCCCGUGGGAUUGAGGAGACCCCAACGCGGGAAGCCCUCGGCUGAGACACUGCCGCCGGCGGAGGCCUUGGGGUGCGGCCAGCGCUUGUAAAUCUUCAGACAUGUUUAUUAGAAAGCAUAUUGCAGACCAGUUCUGUUGGUGCAUACACACAUUUGAAAUUUGGAAUUUAUUUUUGAUAGUUAAAUGUUGAUUUUAGAAAACUGCCUUUUUUCCACAGUGUCUGUACAUCCUGAGCAUUUUACAAGGUGAAUCAUCGGGCCUUGGCCACAGUGAGGAGGCGGGCUGGCAAAGGUGUUCAUGAUGGCGAUGGCGCCGCCCGCCUUUCUGAGGGGCCUGAUGUGCCAUAGGCCUGAGAUGACGGGAGUCCUGUCCAUCAGCCACACACCACGGGGAGGCCGGAGGGCAGGUGGCGGUGAUGGGGGAAGGGCGCGGCCUUCCUUUUCCCCUCUCCCCAUUCAGGGCUAAGGGGAUUUUCCUUGAAUCUUUCUGCAGUGUGGUAAAUUCUGGCCUCUGGUAGAUACUGGUACUUAAACAAUCAUAAUUCAUGAUUCAUCUUCCAACGUUGUGUUUUCAUGACGACUAUUUCAGCUGACGGCAAGUACUUCCGAGUGUGUUGGCAGAAACAGGUCACGGAGCGCUCGGCUCUUAAGGCAGAAAAACAGGCACUCGCAAACUUCAUUUUUUUAAAAAACCCAACAUUUGGGAUUCCAGACGUUGGUGCUUUGUGUUGAUGCAGGCCAAGUGGUUAAAAUAACAUUCAUUGUGCUGCUGAAGCUGGUGGUCAGUAAUCAGUAAUCAGAAGUUCACCGUGUGAAUUGUUUUCUUGUCAGUGAUGUUAACUGCAUGAGUGAGUGCAAUUGUUCCCCUGUGUGUGUCCAUUUGCAUCACCUUUGUGUGGGUGCCUGAGGCCUGAUUGUUGGAAUCUUACCUGCCUUGCUUAUCUCCGUAUAUUUAUUGGAAGUUUUGUCCUUUUCAGCCCCGGUACUGUGUGUCAUGGGGGUUUUCAGUGUUUAUGUUUUGUCCACACACCAUGAUUAAUUGUUCAUUUACUGCUGAAGCACUUGAAAGUAUAAUUAUCAGAGGAACCAAAUUUUUCAGUGAAGGCAUUCCUCAAGGAGCAGCAGAAUUACUAAAUUGUGUCCUCGAUCAUUGUUUUAUUCUCAUUCAUAGUUAUGAAUAUGAUAAAAUGUAUGCAAAGUAGACUCUGUUAAAGUACAAGACGACGAGCUUAGAGUCGCGUGCGUGCGUUCUCAUAGUGAAAUACUUGACACAGCUUUUACAGAAUUAGGCUAUUUUCUGUACUCUUCUAGAAUCUGUAACGGAUGGGUUUUUACCGAUUCAGUUAGGUAUUUAGACAGAUUUAACAUGCAUCACGUAAUAUAUUUUUAGAAUUUACUCAAAGCAGUUUAGGCUUCUGAAGUAGACAUCGCUUGCCUGUUGUAUCAGUAGGUCCAACCCUGGGAAGGGGAGGGAAACCUUACAGUCAAUUCAUGAAAACACGAAGGUUUCCAGGGUAAAAGAAGUGGUCAGGUGGCCCUCAGGCUGGAAUCAGUCGUCUGGAUCCAAACAAACCAGGGCUGUGGUUUCCAGGAGUUCUUUAGAACGCUUUCAGCCUGCUGACCUCUAAGAUCCCGAGGGCAGGGACCAUGUCUCCUACUUGGGCAUUCCCUUCCUUCUGCCCAGAUCUCGGCAUGCCUGGCACAGCGGGCACUCGGGCAGCAGGCAUCAGUCUUGGCACCAUUGACUGUCUCAUUCAGCCUGUUCCUGGGAUGGUGACGGCCCCACAGAGUGACCGUGGCCAUCGUUCCCAUUCUUGCUGGGAAUUCCCCACGUUCCUGGUGACUGCCUUUACGGGAUGCCAAGUCACACUCUACACUUGAACAAGCCUUUUUUGUGAAAAUGGCAGGUCAGCCUGCUUUAGGUCUUUCCUUCUGACUCCAAAGGAGUCUCCAAAGGGGGCAUUGCCCCACUAAGAAAUCCAAGCCUACGACUGGUCCGCCUUGCCAGUUUUAGGGUGAUCGUUUGAACCACUAACGGAGGAAGCACUCGGUCCAGAAAAAGGCCUGGUCCACAUUCCCCACUUUGCCAAGGUGGCUUCAGUUUGGAGCAUGGCCUCACAAACAAAGACUUGAUCUAGAGGAUUAUGAGACUGGAUAUUCCCCUACCUUCCCCUCUGUCCCAUUGGAGAUAGCAGAAUCCUCACUGAUGGUUGGUUUGUAGAUUGUCUUGUGCAAUCCAAACCCCUGGCAUUUGGCACCUGGGAGGUGAGCCGGGGUUUUGUCAGUGUGGUGGUAACAGCGACACCUCCCGCUCACAAUAUGUUUUGUGCAGCCCCUCCCUUCCUGGGCACUGUCUUCUCUAGCAGGUGGGCCUUGGCUCCAGCCCCCCAGCCUGACCUUGUCCUAGCCUGGGAGCCGAGGGCCGUCCUCUGCCUGUGGGGCAGCAUCCAAGGGGGGCUGUUAGCCAGGGACACACUUGUCAGGAGAUGAUGGGCUGUGGCUGUACACAUUCUUGCUAGUUUUCAUUAAGAAAUGGGCUUUGCAGUUGUGCCCGCGUUUAUCUGAAAACAGUUAUGAAUUUAAUCCUUAAGUACAAUCAUGGGGAGAAAGAAAUUACCGAUGGAAAAACUUAAGUUUAAUUUUCUGUCUAAUCUUGCUGGUUUCAAGAUUAGAAGAGGGUAUACUUAAUGUUCUGAUAUGUUGAGAGAACUUUGAAAAAUAAAAUUAUGUUGG